GUCGGCUCCUUGCAGCAGCGGCAAUUCCCGGGGAGCGUCGCUUUGCGGCAGAGAGGCGCGUGCGCGGCUGAUGCAACUUGCCUGCAAAGGAGGGAGCAAGGGACCCUUUUGAGCCAUGUCUGCUGUGAUCAUCGAAAAGGCGGACGGGCUGGCCCUGGGCGAAGUCUACGUCUCUGAUCGAGAAGGAAAUGACGCUGCAGGAGAUGGAACGCAGGAAAAACCUUUCAAAACUGCUUUGCGGGCUUUGCUAUCUGUAGGAAAGGAACCUUUUCCGACUAUCUAUGUGGACUCACAGAAAGAUGACCAGAGAUGGGAAACUAUUUCCAAGACACAGUUCAAGAAUGUCAAAAAAUUGUGGCAGAGGGAAAAACAGAAAAAUGAAGCCAGAGAAAAGAAAGAGGCAGAGGACCUAUUGCGACGUGAGAAGAACUUGGAAGAGGCAAAGAAGAUCAUCAUUAAGAAAGAUUCCAGCCUACCGGAACCCAAAUGUGUGAAAAUCCGUGCCCUAGAGGCUCACAGAGGAGAGAGAGUGAAAGUUUUUGGCUGGGUCCAUAGACUGCGCAGACAAGGGAAAAACUUGAUGUUCAUUGUGCUAAGGGAUGGCACCGGCUAUCUGCAGUGUGUCUUGUCUGAUGAACUGUGUCAGUGUUACAAUGGAGUCGUCCUCUCAACAGAGAGCACAGUUGCCGUCUAUGGAACCCUUAACCUAGUCCCAGAAGGUAAACAGGCUCCGGGAGGCCAUGAGCUGAGCUGUGACUUCUGGGAACUCAUUGGCCUGGCUCCGGCUGGAGGCGCUGAUAAUCUGGUCAAUGAGGAGUCGGAUGUUGAUGUGCAGCUGAACAACCGGCACAUGAUGAUCCGGGGGGAGACCCUGAGCCGGAUCUUCAAGGUGCGCUCCACGGUCAUCCAGAGCUUCAGGGAUCACUUCUUUGACCGAGGCUACUACGAGAUCACUCCACCAACACUGGUUCAAACACAGGUGGAAGGGGGCUCUACUCUGUUCAAAAUGGAUUACUUUGGUGAAGAAGCCUAUUUGACACAGUCAUCACAGCUGUAUCUAGAGACCUGCAUCCCUGCCCUGGGAGACACGUUUUGCAUUGCACAGUCCUACAGAGCUGAACAGUCUCGGACACGCAGGCAUCUAGCUGAAUACACCCACAUUGAAGCCGAAUGUCCUUUCAUGAGCUUUGAAGACUUGCUGAACCGCUUGGAGGAUUUAGUUUGUGAUGUUGUCGACCGAGUCUUGAAAUCUCCUGUGUCUGAGUUAUUGUAUGCCCUCAAUCCAAACUUUGAGCCCCCAAAACGUCCCUUCAGGCGCAUGAAUUACACGGACGCCCUUGUGUGGCUCAAGGAGCAUGAUGUGAAGAAGGAAGAUGGCACUUACUAUGAAUUUGGAGAUGAUAUUCCAGAGGCUCCUGAGAGACAAAUGACGGACGCCAUUAAUGAGCCGAUCUUGCUGUGUCGAUUUCCCGCUGAGAUAAAGUCCUUCUACAUGCAGCGCUGCCCUGAGGAUCCCCGCCUUACCGAAUCUGUUGAUGUACUGAUGCCCAAUGUUGGAGAGAUAGUGGGAGGCUCAAUGCGUAUUUGGGACAGUGAAGAGCUGCUGGAAGGCUACAAGAGAGAAGGCAUUGAUCCCACACCUUAUUACUGGUACACAGACCAGCGUAAAUAUGGCACUUGCCCUCAUGGCGGCUACGGCUUAGGCUUGGAAAGAUUCCUCACUUGGAUCCUGAACAGGCACCACAUUCGAGAUGUGUGUCUUUACCCACGCUUUGUCCAGCGCUGCAAACCCUAAUGGAAGCCAGUCUGAUGUUCACCAGAGCCCUCCGAAGAUCAGUUUUGUCAUCCUACGAAAACGAAUAUUCUACGUCCUAUUUUGUGAAAUGAAAUAUAAUCACUUCGAAUUUAAAUUGAAGUCAAUUGAUUUCAGGAUAUCCUUUUUCCCCUUUCCCUCAUCCAUUCUGUUGGUUUAUUUGAAUGUACUGAUUGCUAGUUGUUCUUAUUUUUUAAAGUAGCAUGCAUUACUUAGAUGUUAUAUAUUUUGCAAAAUAUAGCUCUUACAGGUUCUUGAGAAAAUCCCAUAUUUUUACUAUUUUCAAAAGACUCUAGACUUCUGACAAAAAGUCAACCACUACUUAAAAAAAAAUCGCAGUUUCCCAAAAUGUAAAAUUGUGUCUUAUAUGCCAGGUGUAAUGCAUUAGAAGACUACUAAUGGAGAAAAUGGUUUGUUUGAACCCCUUUUUGUAAAAACCGUUCCAUUUGGGUUCUUAAGGAAAAAAGGGAAUUUGUGGUAUAAUUAACUCUUCCUGGAGAAUGUCUACAAAAUGUUGUCAUAAAAUUAUUACAGCUCUCAAAGUAGCCUAGCCACUGAUUGCUGCUAACGACUUUGUCUUUCGAGUGAUAAGGUGUCUUGUGUAAAAGAGUAUCCUGGCUGAAGCAAUGUUGACAAUAAACAGAAGGAACAAUACUUGAGGAUAGUCCUCUCUGUCUUGAAAUUUAUAUUUAUUCAUAAUUUGGUUUUCCAGAUGAGGAUGGUUCCUAUUAAGGCUGCUCGUUACUUUCAAAUGCCUUCAGCAAUUACGUUCUUGGGAAUGGAGCCUACUAUUUUUCACACUUGGGUAGCUUGCUGUACUUGGUUUCUUGGGAAAGAGAGGUCAGCUUUUCUUUUCUGUGUUAAAAGCAACUUGAGAAACUGCAUUCUGUUGUAAAAGAAUUUGCUGUCUGCAAGAAAGUUACCCAGGAGAUGCCUGGAUGUUUGAUGUUUGAUCAUCUUGUGGGAGGCUUCUCUCAUGUCCCUGCAUGGGGAACUAGAGCUGACAGAUGGGAACUCACCCCACUCCCCGGAUUCGAACUCAAACGGCCAACUUUUUGGUCAGCAGUCCUGCCGGCACAAAGGUUUAACCCACUGCACCACUGGGGGCUCCGAGAGGUCAGCUGAAAGGGACAGAAAUAUCCUUCCCGUCUCAGAAACAGCUGACUCUUGUUUCACCCUUGAAGCUGCACAUUUCUGUUUAUUCAGUGGCAGAUACAAAGUGUUACGCUUAGUUUUGAACCAUCAAAAUGGUUGGCUGGAACAAACUACAAAUGGAACUUUGAUUUUGCCUUAGAAUUUAGCUUGGCCAAUUUUGUCUUUCAUCUCAAUUUUCUCUUUCCAUGAUAAGUUAUCUUUUCUGCAUGUUUCUAUUUCACACCUGGCAAUCAAUAAAUUUAUAGUGAACAGAUUCAA